AACACUUGCAAAUUGCAAAUACAAACCUAAACCAAAACCCGUGUCUGUGUUUGUUUCCACUUUGCAAAUCAGUGUGUACCCAGGAAUCUCUUGAUUGAGAAAGUGUGUUAGGGUAAGAGUUGUGUCGUGUCCACGAGACACUGGGAGAAAGAAAGUGUGUGUGAGUUGUUGUAAACUGAAUUUUCAUUUUUCUUUAGCCAUGAGCACACUUGUUCGCAACACCACCCUCACCUUCAGCCGCAGAAACAGAUACGAGCUUCUUGGUUUGCAGGGCAAAGACAAGAUGGUCAAGUCCAUCAGCUACAGACGCAGAAGGGCAAAGCAAAGGCAAAUCUUUCUCACAACCUACAAGUUAUCUUCUUUGAAUAGUAACACUUUUGGGGAGCCGCCACAAAAGCCUAAGCUGAAGCUGAAGAAGGUUGCUGUUAAGGUUAAGAAGAUUGUGGCCUCGGUUUUGAUGUUCAUGCGAGUUGGUUCUUUUAGGUCAUGCAGUUCUAGGUCUCAGAUUUCUGCCACCUCACCAAAUAGGAAGAACUCUUGAGGAUGUUGUUCUGACGUGGGUUUAGGAUGGCUUAUAAUUCUCUCUAUAAUCUUUGGUUCUUUCACACUCAGGAGUUUUAGUGUGUGUUUGUGAAAGCGAACGCAGGCGUUUUUGUAUUGGAACGCGGAAUUUUUCCGUUUUCAAACACAUCCUUAUUAGUAUAUUUAUAUGGUUGAUGAUGAAGGAUGGGAAAGGGGUAUUUAAUAUUCUGUAUAUAAAGCUUAAUCUAAUGUCUACUUGACUACUUUCACCACUUUAGCUAAAUAAUAUGUCCUGUUUCAACUUUCUAUUA